CCAAUGCUUGCAAGUCUGACAAAAAAUUGAGUUACUACCAACUCCUUUCCUGCAAACUCCACAAGGCCACUUUCCAACUACAAGGUCACACUUGGCUGCAAUGCUACUAAUCAUGACUUUAGACUUUGCUGUGUUCACCCUUAGCCCUUUCUCUUCUAGUCCUUUCUUCCACUUAUCAAACUUUUCAACUAAUUCUUCCAUCGACUCUGCUAUGAGAAUCAAAUCAUCUGUAUACAAUAACUCCCAUGAACAACCUGUCCAUAGACAGCGCUUCUAAGGCUAGAACAAACAAGAAAGGAUGAAGUACAGAACCCUGAUGUACACCAACAUUUACACUAAAUUCAUCACUAAGUGAAUCGUUAAUCCUGACACGACUUUUAGCAUUGCUGUACAUUGACUGUACCAUCGUAACUAGCCACUCAUCCACACUUAAAUUUUCUCAUAGCCCACCAAAUAACUUUACGUGGCACUCUAUAAAAAGCUUUCUCUAAAUCUACAAAGGCAAAAUAGAGAUUCUUUCUCUUUCCUAAAUACUUUUCCUGAAGCUGUCUGAGUGAAAAUAUUGCAUCUGUAGUGCCACGCCCUGGAACAAAACCAAAUUGCAUCUUAUCUAUAUCAAUUCUUUCUCUAAGUAUAUAUUGAUAAGUAUUAAUCACUCUUUCAAUAACUUUCAUUACUUGAUCAACCAACUUCAAACCUCUAUAGUUACCUGUUAUCAGCCAGUUAUGUUAUCAGCCUACUCAGUCUCUUACUGAAUGAUGUGUUGCAAACCACCAUGUCCGUUGCCAUUCCAAACUCAAGCAAUCUCUCCCCUUCCUUAUUUCUGCUUCCAAAUCCAUAGCCUCCAUGCGCACCUCUAUAACCUUCAGAUGACUUCAAACAUGACCAUUAAAGUUGCCGUCCACCAUGACAAGUUUAGUGUCUCCAAACUUUGAUGUGACUGCUAUUAACUCAUCAUAGAACUUAUCUUUAUCUUCCUCACUGAGUCCACACUGUAGAGCAUAAACUGACAGAAAAGUGACAAUCCUAUUACCUAUCAAAAACUUUAUCACUAUAAUACGACUAUUAACAUGCGUAACAUCUAUUACUUUUUCUACCCACUUCUCUGCAACGAAUAUGCCAACUCCUCCAUAUCAAUCACUAUUACCAGUCCAAAAAAGCUUAUACCUUGCCCUCCUACCUUCCACAAAUCUCACUGAAGCUCCUCUCCACCUGACUUCCUGAACACAACACAUAUCAACAGAUCUACGUUGUAACAUUUCAACUACUUCACCUGCUCUACCUCUCAGAGUACCAACAUUUACACUACCCAUCCUCAACUUAGUGUUAUCUACCUUGUGAUGUGAUAUCUGGGUAAUGGUCUGACGAUGCUCACACCUGACAUCUGACCUACCGUGCGCGACACCUUCACUCCUUAGAGUUCCAGCCCCGUUUACGCGAUUUGUCUGAUCAACUGUCUCUUACGGCCAUUAAUAAAGAGUUUUGGCAUUGUUUUACAGCUGGAUGCCCUUCCUAACGCCAACUGUUCACAGACCGGACUUGGUGUUUUUUUAAAGUGACACCAUCACUGUGUGGCAUUUCAUGGGACUUCCACAAUCAUCCCUUUAAACUAAGGUAUGGUGGAGGAAGUUCAACUCUUCUCUUGUCUCUUAAAGAGACCCUUCACCCUUGUCCACUGAUUAAUUAUACUUCAAUCACUCUGGAGUUUAGGGGUGUCCAUAAAACCGUUAAUCUUUUUUAGUAUAUAUAUGUUUAAUUUAUCUGCAAAGCCUUUUCCUCAAAAGUAGAUGUAGUAUGUGCUGAGACAUUUUGACCAAAACAUAUAUAGGAACUUCAAUUUUUUAAGAUGAGGGUUAUAUAAAUUAAGUUGGAAGAGAAGAAAUCGAUAUCCUUUACCAUAAGGAUAUCUUAGAUUAAAAGGAAAUUUGCAAAAGAGGCUGCAAAAAGUGUGUGUGACUUCACAUUUUGUUGUUGUGUAAGGCAAACAAAAUGUGUGUAUUAAAUGCCCAAUGUACCCACUCCACAAAUCACUUGAAGGGUCCCCCUAAAUUUUUUUAAAAAAUAAAUGUUUUUUAAGGACAUUGCAAACAAAGAUAUGCAAUUAAAAAAGGAAUUUGUAGAUGUAAACAGAGAUGAGCAAUAGCUAUUGUGAAGCUGUUUUAAAAGCCAUCGAAGAAGAUGCCUUGGGAUCAGAGUUCCAAAUUGCACUUUUUUCAGCAGCUCUUUUAAGCUACCGAAAAGAUUCCUGCUUGAGACCAUUUCCAGAAUUUUUGCAAGAAGGAAGUGCUUCUAAUUCCGUGAAGAACAUGGAAAAACUGGAAUCAAUGAUAAAUUCCAUUCCACCUUUAAACGAACUAAAGAAGGGAAACAUUGUGCUUAGUGAAGAAAUAUGGCAGCUACUUCAUUGGAUCCUGAAGAAUCGGUUAUUUUCAGCAAAAACCUGUGAUAGGGAAGUGCUAAAAGAUUUGCAGGAAAAAACAGGGCAGUCGAGCUUUUCACUGCAACCUGAUUACAUCUUCGAAGUAUGUUAUACGACCAAUGCAUCUCAAACGUUCGAGCAACAGUCACGCCAUUAUGGUGUCAAAUACGGUUACCAUGGCAGUCGAAUGGAUAAUUUUUACUCGAUCACAUCAAACGGAUUACAAGUACAUAUGAUGAAGAAUGGCUUGUUCGGUGACGGUGUCUAUCUUUGUGAAGACUUAGCCGUAACAAUGCCUUACGUCAGCCGUGGCACAUUGUGGAAGCAUUCCAAGCUGGGGCAACAAGCCUCUUGUGUGGCCGUUUGCGAAAUUCUCGAUCAUCCAGGGGUAAAAUAUCAGGAAAAGACAGCAAAAAAUAGAAAGCGGUGUGCGGCGAAGAACACGGAAUUGGGUGAAGUACCUGAGAAAUAUUUCGUAGUGACAAGCAGUGAUCUAGUGCGAAUAAAAUAUUUGCUACUCUUCAUGGAUAAACCGACGAAAACUAGAAUGAAGAUGACAUCUGGAAACAAUGCGUGCGUCACUUGUUGCAAUAUUACUUGCGUUUAUAUGGCAGCUGAAUUAGAAAAAACAUGGCGACGCUGGCCAGCAGUUUGUAUUUGUCAUUUCUUAAUCUAUUUAAGUCCGUGUGACGUCUGUUGCUCAGAUGACGUUCGUUGUAUAGUUAUCUUCUCAAAAGACUUUGUUGCGAUUUAAAAGAAAUAAAUUUGUCUCUUUAUUAUAUUUUCCUGUUUCUUAUUUUGUUGAAAUUUUGGAUUGUCAUUUUGGUGACGAAUAUUUUUUUAUGAAGGUCAUUCAUUUUGAGGACAGGAAAUUGUUCCUAUUAGCUUCGCCUGACUACAAUGUCUGGAAUUUCUUUUACAAUUCUCAACAGUUAUCAACAUGACGAAUUUUGUUGUCGACUGCUGACUUGAAACUUUAUCAUUAAACGUGGAAGCGAACAAUUACCUUCAGGAUAUAUGGAUUCCUGAACUUCUGUGUAAUUUUAGUUCUCGGUAAGGCAUCGAAAAUUGUCGGAAUUUUCGAUGCCUUACCGAGAAUUUGCAAUAACUUUCCGACAUUUUUCGAUAGCUGCCGGCAAUUUGCGAUCACUUUCCGACAAUUUUUAAAAGCUUUACCGACAAUUAUCUAUUUAUGUAAUAUGUCAAAAUGGCAAAACUAGCAGCAGAAAAGCAGCGCAUGCGCUAUAGGUUAUGCUCCAUUUAAUCUACCAUUUGCAAAUAUUACGUCUUAUUUUUUUUAUUUAUUACGCUAUGGAAAAACUCAAAAAAUUGUAAAUUCGGCAUCCGGUAUUUUUUUUGUAGCUACAAUGAAGUUGAUGUUUGCAGACAUGUUGCGAAGACAGCUGUUUCAAAGUGACUUUUGAAAUGUCUUAAGCUGUUAAAGUUUUUUUCAACGUUCUUGAAAUUGGUGUAGCUCUUAAAUUUUCUUAAUUCAUGGGGGAUUGCACGCUUUUUAUAAAAAAAAAAACAAUUUUAUAAGAACACUAGCCUCAGAUGUUAUUGACAAAUAAGAACAAAAAAGAACAGCUUCAAAUUAUUGUUUUCAUAACUAAAACUCGAGUCUGAAUUUUAGCAGAAAAAGGAGAACACUCCAGGAAGCAAAUAUUUUUGAAUUCUCUCUCAAGCUAACGACUUUUGGUGAUCGUUUCUUUCCUCUGACUCAGUUGUUCAUGAACACAAUUACAAUCUCUAAUCAUGCUGAAAUAUCUUUAGUUGUUUAAACCUCCUUUUAGUUUCCUGGUAACUUUCAAUUUCCAAAUUUUUUCAAUUCGCUUAAUAAGUAAAUCUCUUUCGGUUUUUAUCUGAAUCUAUAUUAAAAAAAGUAAUUACAUUAAGAACUAAAAUUUUCGGCGGAAAAACGUUCAGACACAAUUUUUUAUUUCAGCGGAAAAAUUUUCGGACAGUCUUUAAAACGACAUUUAACCAAAUUCAAAAAGUAAUACUCUCGGAAAAUGACACAAAAAGAAUGCUAAAAUUCUUUAAAGUGUAAUAUAUUCAAUCAACAUCCAAAAAAGGGUUUUCAGGAUCCAACUUUAUAGAUAGAGCUUCAGCCAAAUGUGAAAAUAACAAAAAUAAUAAGUUUAAAAACUGCCGUUUUAUUGAUUUUCUGAUUACUCUAUACCGUAAUGAUUCGAACAAGCGCCCUGGGCGCUUAUUAAAUCUUUGGAUUUUUUGUGUGGGCGCUUAAUCGAGGGAGGGAGGCGCUUAAAAAAUGCUGGGCGCUUAUAAAUUUUUCCUAAUUUGUACAAAUUAAAGACAACGGUAAUUUUCAAUUUUGUUUUCCACUUUGGAGUUAAAACAUAGAAAGAAAGGAUUGCAUAGGAAAUUUCCUAUUUACGUAAUAUAGAAAAGAUGUUCUAAACAAAAAGAAAAUGUGUUUUUUUAUUCUCAAUAUAAGAAAGUAAAAUUUUUGAAAUAAGCGCCAAGUUUCUCAAGGUAGUUUUCGAUUAAGCGCCCCCUUUUAUCAGAUGGCGCUUAUUCGAGGGGGGCGCUUAAUAAGUGCUGGGCGCUUAUUGAACUUUGAGUAAAUUACCUGGGCGCUUAUUCCAGGGGCGCCUAAAAAAUGCUGAGCACUUAAUCGGAUCAUUACGGUAUAUAAUUUCUAUGCACUGGUCCUUUUUAAAAAAAAUUAGAAACAACCAAAUUUUCGGACAACGAAAUUUCUGCUCAAAAAUUUUCUUUUCUAAUGUAUAUAAAAAAUUUAAUUAGAGAGGUUUCAGUAAUUAAAAAUGUUUAAUUCCUUCCUCGUUUAUUGGUUGGUGCGUGUUUGUUAGUUUUAUAUUACAGAACGAUAUAAGUUCAUCCUACUCGAAAGAUCGAAGAAAAAAUGAAACAACAUCCUUUUUUUGUUGACUUAUGUUUCGGAAAUUUUAUCAUUUCAUAUAUUAACUUUUUAAUCAUUGCGUCAUUCUUUCCAUGUUACCAUGAAUGACCAUAGAAACAAAAUAUCUAGAUUAACUGCCUCUAUUUUAUUAUUACAUGCCCACGAACGACAAAAUCAUGAAAUUAAUAAAGUGGGUUUGAUUCCAUUAAAAUACAAUGAUAAUACAUAUUGGUAUUGUAUUUUUAAUGGAUACGUAGAACGCGCUUACACAUCAAUUUUCUGAUUGCUUUUGUUUCGAAUUUUCCAUUAGUUUGAAAUAAAUGAUCCCGUUUCGAUCAAUUGUUUGUCUCUUUAGCCAACUCGCCUCGAUAAUCUCCGUCGUACACAUUUCAAAAUUAUUUUAACACUCGAAAAUUCUAAGAAUAAUCCUAAUGAUUGUAGAAUUGUUUUUGCGAAAGGAUUCCUCUCAACGAAAUAAAGUUGUGUUGUGAAGUUCUAAAAGUAAUUCUUAUAAAUUUCCCCAUUAUAAGGAUUUCAUAAGAAUUUUUUCCAGGUGUAUUUUCAGGAAAUGGCCAUAGGCUCUCAGAGGAAAGGGACCUAAAAAUUUCACAUGCAAGUGUCUAAUACAUAAAUAUAAAAUAUCAGAAAGUAUCAUAGCCAUGCAUCAUAUCCCUCACACCAGGAACAGCAGUAAAUCAAUUUUUAGGUUUUAUGAAAUGACCCUGUUAAUAUUAUUUAAAAUAUUUUGUUACAAUGAUGUGUAAUUGACAUUGACAUGCGAGAUAGUAUAUGCAGCCCCUGCAUCUUGCUUCUAACUGCGACAACCUCGAUUCCAAUCUCCAGGUC